UCCCUCAGCUGUCAUCUAGUGCCAAAUAUAGGCAGGUUUCAGCGAGAAAUGAAGAAGUUUUGUGUUGUUUGCAUCCUGAUGAUUCUUACUCAUGACCUUGCUCACUUUUCUUUCAGGGCAGUGGCGUUGCGGUGUAACCUAUGUGUUUCCAAAGGGCUUGGGAAUCCCUGCACUCCAUCUGUGCAGACGUGUCUUCCACAUAUCACGAACUGUGGAUACAUCAAAUUCAAGCCUACUUUAUUGGGUUCUGCUUAUAUCCGUUCCUGUAUCAGCUUGGAGACCUGCUGGAACUAUAUGAGUGCUGCAACUGUGACGGCUAAGUGCUGCAAUACUGACCUCUGCAACUGAGAGAGAAAAAAAAAAACCUAAUCAUAUUCAGUUGAAUUCUGCCUUUCUGUAUCUUUCGCGGUGUUAAAUUGUACUAAACAUUACUAAGGCUUAAAAGUAAAAUGUAACAAAUAAUUAAUAAUUGCAACAAAGAUGUAUAACAAACAGCAAUGAUUAAUAGCUUUUUUGCAAGCAAGAAUAAAAUCAGUCUAGCAGUCACAUCAUGUCUUCCCAUGAGGUACAAUCUGUACAGAGGUCACACAAAAUGAACAAACAAUUAAACGAUAUCAGUUAGAAUAAAGUUACACAUAAUGAAAAAUUUGGGCCAUCUAAGCAUUGGAAAAUUGAGAUCAGCUAAUAUCCAGCCUAGAGGCACAUGUUCUUUCUUGUCAUUUAGAUGCUUUUCAAUGACUUAAUGACAGCGCAGCAGAUGUUGAACAGGGUCACUGUGGCAAACUGGAGUCAAAUGUUUGUUACGCACAACUGUGAUUGGGAAAUAUUGCACUGGCUCUUGAGAGAGAAAUCUUAUUAGGUUAGUGAGGAUGAGGACUUUUUCUGUCUUUGUUACUCAAUAAAAAGAAAGGAAUAGCUA